AUGGGUUACCUCCUGCAGCACAUCCCCCUUGAGAGCAGCUCUGUUUCAGCAUCAUCCACAUGCAAGCUGAAGGCCAAGUUCAACCUGAGUGGUUACAAAAACGUAGAAAAGAAAAAGGUUGUUGUCGGGGGGAUGUUUCCUGUUCACAACCGAGUUAUUUCUUCUAAUGGCACUCUGAACAUCUCCUUGGGGUGCGAGGGGUUUAACUUCCGCGCCUUCCGCUGGACCCAGACCAUGCUGUUUGCCAUCAAUGAAAUUAACAGUGACGAUAGCAUACUGCCCUUAACCGACCUGGGCUAUGUCAUCUACGAUUCCUGCUUCACCAUCUCCAAGGCUGUGGAGGGUACACUCACCUACCUGACAGGCCAAGAUGAGGCUGUACCUAACUACCGCUGUGGUGAUGGGCCACAGCAGGCUGCUCUAGUGGGUGCCGGGGGCACUGAUCUGUCCGUCGCCACUGCUAGGAUACUGGGACUCUAUCACUUCCCACAGGUCAGCUAUUAUUCAUCAUGCUCUGCCCUGGAAAGUAAGUUCCAGUUCCCCACCUUCCAUCGGACCAUUCCCAAUGACAGGCAUCAGUCUGCAGCCAUGGCCAAACUGGUGCUGCACUUCGGCUGGACCUGGGUGGGUACCUUAGCUGCCGAUGAUGAUUAUGGCAAAUAUGGCAUCAAAGACUUCAGGGACCAGGUGGAGGAUGCCGGUGUCUGCAUCUCCUUUGCGGAGACCCUGCCUAAAGCACAUUCCCCACUGAUCAUCCAACGUAUUGUUAAAACUGUGGUGGAAUCCACGGCCAAGAUCAUUGUGGUCUUCUCAUCAGACGUAGACUUUAGUCCUCUCAUCCAUGAACUGCUCAAACAUAAUGUGACUAAUCGAACCUGGAUUGCCAGCGAGGCCUGGAUCACCUCUGCUCUCAUCAACCAACCUGGAGUGAGCUCACUGCUGGGUGGUACCCUCGGCUUUGCAGUGAAGAGGGCUGACAUCCCUGGUCUUGAAACGUACCUACUGCGCCUUGACCCGUAUAAUGACCCCCUCACUGAGGAAUUCUGGGAAACUGUGUUUAACUGCACAUUGAGCUAUAGCAGAGCUCUGAGUCAGGCCCAGCAAACGGCUCAGGGCGUUAAUGACACACUGUCCAGGGCGGGGAGUGGGCUUCCUGAUGGGAUGUGUACUGGGAAAGAGAAUCUGGCAAAGCUCAAUAAUACCUUCACUGAUGUUUCCGAGUUACGAAUCACUUACAAUGUGUACAAAGCCGUGUAUGCUGUGGCUAACGCCUUGCACAACCUGGAGCACUGUGAAGAUGGAAAGGGACCGUUCGUUGGGAAUUCCUGUGCUAACAUCUCCAGCUUUGAGCCAUGGCAGCUGAUGUACUAUGUGAAGAAUGUGCGUUACACAGUGCCGCACACAAAUGAAGAAAUCUACUUUGAUGAAGGGGAAGUGAAGGGCUAUUAUGACAUCCUUAACUGGCAGGUGAACAGUAAUGGGGACAUAUCCUACGUUAAGGUGGGACACUACAAUGGCUCAGCAGACGUGAAGGACAUGAUGAACAUAAUGAAUGACUCCAUCGUGUGGAACAGCGAAAUGCUGCAACCUCCUCGGUCAGUGUGCAAUGAGAAUUGUAAGCCCGGCACCAGGAAGGGGAUCCGGCAGGGAGAGCCUGUCUGCUGCUUUGACUGCAUCCCUUGCGCUGAUGGAGAGAUCAGCAACACAACCAAUGCUCGUGAAUGUAUCCUGUGUGGUGUGGACUACUGGUCCAAUGAUGCUCAUGAUGCCUGUGUAGCAAAAGUCAUCGAGUUCCUGGCCUUUGGAGAGCCACUGGGGAUCACUCUCAUAGCCAUCUCUGUCUUUGGUGCUCUACUCACCAUUGCCGUUGGGGUGUUGUUUAUCAUGAACUUUGGCACCCCUCUGGUCAAGGCCAAUGAUCCUCUGUUGACUUUCACACUGCUCUUCUCACUGGUGGUGACCUUCCUCUGCUCCAUUGUCUUCAUUGGUCAGCCUCAGAACUGGAGCUGCAUGACUAGCAACGUAGCCCUGGCUUUGGGCUUUUCUCUCUGCCUCUCAUCCAUCAUGGGUAAGGCAGCAGUGUUGAUGCUGAGAGCUCAGGCUCUGAAAGCGGCCCGGGCCAGAGCCAAAGCAGCUGCCAAAGCUGCAAAAGCAGCAGCUGAAGCAGCAGCCAACUGCGGCAAUCCUGAUGUCAUUAUAACCAACACCAAUAAAAACAAUGACGCCAGCAUCAGUGCUGUUCCUGAGGUUGACAGUCUCACCUGUGUCCACCAGAGGGCGAUGGCUACUGUAGCAACACUGAUACAGGCUAUAGCAUGCACAGUGUGGCUCAUCAUCAUCCCUCCAUACCCAGUCAAAAACAUGUCUGCCCAGAAGGUCAUUCUCGAGUGUGGAAUAGGCUCUGUGAUCUUCAUCUGUUGUAUCUUUGCCUAUGACAUCCUGUUGGCUUUGGUGGCCUUCAUUUUUGCCUUCAUAGCCCGCAAACUGGAGGACAAUUUUAGUGAGGGGAAGAGUAUGACCUUCAGCAUGCUGGUCUUCUUCAUUGUGUGGAUCUCCUUUGUGCCAGCUUACCUCAGCACACGGGGGAAAUUCAUGGUUGCUGUCCAGAUUUUUGCCAUCCUGGCUUCCAGUUUCGGCCUGCUGAUCUGCAUUUUCCUGCCCAAGUGCUACAUCCUCUUGGUCAAACCUGAACGCAACAAAGAAGAGAUGCUAAGGCCUCACAUCAAACCACGUGAUGGCACCUCAACUGGGACCUCAGCGUCACUUGCUACAGCUGCUACUGAGGUCAAUGCAUCCACUGAAAUUGGUGAUUAAUGUUUAGUACUAAGAACUAAACUGAGCCACAGAAUUAAAAAUUUUAAAUAUUGAGGACUGGUCAUGUCUGGUCUUCACUGACAAAAUAUAUUAUUUAGAAGAUGUUUAUAUUUAUACUUAUUGUGUGUGUUAGAUAGGAUGGAGUUCAAUAAGCAGUUUCUACGAGGUAAGAAAAGUAUUACCUCACUGAUUACCAAACAUUUCAAAAAUGCUUUU